GCUGGAAAAAAAAACCCAAUUCCCAUACUAUUCAAUAAUUUAUACGAUGUACUUCGGAUCGCAACAAAUGCAUAAUAAUAUCUUCAUUAUUGAUUUACUAAAUGUUCAAUAACUAUUUUACAACAUAUAAUGAUCGGAUAAAAGGUGUUUUAAUGUCAAAUUAAGAAAAUAAUAAUUUUGCAAGCUGAGAAAAUAACAAAUAAUUUACCUUCAAUAUUACAAAAGAAAAUGAACUAGUGUAUUACGGAAUUACGAUUCUUAUCGUUACAUUUACUAUCAGUGGUGCAUUACAUAUCAGUGUUUCCAAGAAAAAAGGCGAUAAGUUCCGAUAACAUUGAUUACAUCAUCGGAUUUAGAAUUGUUCACCUUAUUCCCAGUUAGGUUGUGAAGGCGUGUGUGAAUAUUGUGUUAGAAAUGCGUGAAAUAGUCCACGUGCAAGCCGGCCAAUGCGGGAAUCAGAUAGGAUCGAAGUUUUGGGAGAUAAUCUCAGACGAGCAUGGCGUCGACACGACCGGAGUUUACAAAGGGGAGAGCGACCUGCAGCUCGACAGAAUAAACGUUUACUACAAUGAGGCAUCUAGUGGUAAAUACGUCCCCCGUGCCGUUCUCGUGGAUCUGGAGCCGGGCACUAUGGACGCGGUCAGAUCAGGACCCUACGGAAUGCUGUUCCGGCCCGAUAACUUUGUCUUCGGUCAGAGCGGCGCUGGCAACAAUUGGGCCAAAGGACAUUACACAGAGGGCGCUGAGCUAGUCGAUUCUGUACUGGACGUGAUCAGAAAAGAAGCUGAAAGCUGUGAUUGUCUCCAAGGGUUCCAGUUGACCCACUCGCUGGGCGGCGGCACUGGAUCCGGCAUGGGCACUCUGCUGCUCAGCAAGAUCCGGGAGGAAUACCCGGACAGAAUCAUGAAUACAUUCAGCGUUGUACCCUCGCCUAAGGUGAGCGAAGUCGUUUUGGAGCCCUACAACGCGACGCUGUCCGUGCACCAGCUGGUCGAGAACACGGAUAUGUCCUUCUGCAUCGACAACGAAGCGUUAUACAACAUCUGCUUCAAGACGCUGAGACUCAGCAGUCCUAGUUACGGCGACCUUAACCACCUCAUAUCUCUGACCAUGUCCGGGGUGACGACCUGCCUCCGGUUCCCGGGACAGCUGAACGCGGAUCUGAGGAAGCUGGCCGUCAACAUGGUGCCAUUCCCGAGGCUCCACUUCUUCAUGCCGGGCUUCGCACCGCUGACCGCGCGAAAUUCAUUCAACUAUCGCCCUCAGACUGUCUCCGAGCUCAUGAGUCAAAUGUUCAACUCCGGUAACAUGAUGACCGCCGCCGAUCCUCGCCACGGAAGAUACCUGACCGUUGCCACCAUAUUCAGAGGCCGCAUGUCCAUGAGGGAGGUCGACGACCAGAUCCUCGCCAUACAGAACAAGAACUCGAGCUACUUCGUGGAGUGGAUCCCGAACAACCUAAAGGUGGCCGUGUGCGACAUCCCGCCGCGCGGCCUCAAGAUGUCCGCCACGUUCAUCGGUAACUCGACGGCCAUACAGGAGAUCUUCAAGCGCAUCUCCGAGCAGUUCACCGCCAUGUUCCGGAGGAGGGCCUUCCUCCAUUGGUACACGGGUGAAGGAAUGGAUGAGAUGGAGUUCACUGAAGCGGCCAGUAACAUGGCCGACCUCAUUUCAGAAUAUCAGCAGUAUCAGGAGGCAACUCUGGAAGACGAUGAUGCAGUGUUCGAUGAAGAAGAGGAAUUGGCGCAGGAGGAGGACCCGCCGGUUCAAAUACAAAUGUAUUGAACGACACAGACUUAGGUUAAACAACGCAGAACGCUAAAAUACAUACCUACACAGGACUGAAAUGCUAUUUGGUUCAAGCGAUAUUUAUCUAUGUAAUUAAAGGUUCGUUUUAUUUGGUAUCAGCAUCAACAGUUCGUAGUUUUUAAUUCUUCUUUAUCUCCACCUUAUCCUACUAGGUGGGGUCGAUACAGCGAAUUUUUCUCUUCCAUUCUCUUCUAUCAGCCGUCAUCUCAACACUCACUCCUCUCUCUCUGAUAUCGUCAUUCACACACUCCAACGAUGUCUUCUUCGGUCGACCUCAUCCCCCUCUACCUUUUUUUUUUUUUUUUUUUUUUUUUUUUUUUUUUUUUUUUUUUUUUUUUUUUUUUUUUUUUUUUCCCCUCUACCUUGCACUACCAUUUAAUUGAACUUCAGUUAAGCUUACCCCGUUCGAGAGAGAGAGAGAGAGAGAGAGAGAGAUGAUAUACUCUACUACGCACCAAAAUACAAUUAACAUUAAAAUAUCAGUCAACAAGCAGAUACAUAUUUUGUACUAUAGUUCGAAAAGCUGAAGAAGUCUUUGUUUUUAAGCUAUUGCAUAGUUUUUAUCAUGGGCUUUGAGCGCGGCAAUCGAAUCAAGAAAUUCCGUAACGAAAAUAAAACCUAACACCCCCACUCCGCCUACCAUGUAGCUCGCGUUCAACACAUUCACACGUUGUGCGCACUGCAUGCGCAUCAUGAAAGUCUGCCCAUCUCUCUCUCGCGCGGUCUAGCUUAUGAGUGUGAAGGGGACAGUUAAUGUUUUGCUUUUGUUAAUGUUUAUAAAUAUAGCGUGUUCUUAUUUUAAUAUUGUUUUAAUAUUAAAUUAUUAUUGUCUAAUUAUAAUUGCAUAAGUUGAUAAAAAAUGCCAUGCAAUAGCUUUAUCGCGGCAGUCGCCGAGUGCCACACGUGUUUUUUUACUGAUAUUUUUUCCACAUUUCAAACUUUAAAUAGCCCUCCUGUGAAGUUGCAAAAAUGUCGCUUGAAUCAAACAGCUUUUCAUCCCAACAUACUUAAGGAAUGUUUCAAAAACAAAAUAUUCCCUAUAGUUAUGACAAGUACAAUGUGUCAUAGCGUGCGUUAAUUUUAAGUUAAAAAAACUUUUUUUUAUAUUAAAAAUGAACUGUAGGUGCCUUAGUAUAACACAACAUGUUUGCAUUUUCUUAUUUUUAAUAAAAUGAUUAAAGUUCUUA